UGUGUGGCGUCGCCGUUGCCCAGUUCACCAUGCGAUUGUUGCUCAAGGAGCUGACGCGUUUCACUACGCAACAUCGCACAUUCUAUUGCUACAUGUUUCUCAGCCUGUGGAUCUUUCUGCUCAUCGCAGGCAUGUAUCGCUACAUGGGCAAUGCUGAGCACUCUGGCAAUCUGGGCAACGGCGGCGGCAGCGGCGUCUAUGGCCCUGGCACGGGUUCCGCUCCCGCCAGCAGCAACAUCGGCGGCGAUGCCUCCACAGCGGACUCCAGUGCAUCGCAGCGUUUUGCCAAGUAUCGCGAACGUUGUGCUCCUCUGGCGCAGCUAACGCGCUUGGAUGAUGGCGGCAUUCUGGAGGGUUGGAAGUUGCAGGGGGUGUUGUUGGUCAUUAGGCAUGGCGAUCGAGGUGCCAUGUCGCAUGUGCAUGCGCAGGGCAUCAAUUGUGGCGUGCCCGUCGAUGGCGACAGUCUGGUCAACAGAUAUCGCAGCUUUCUGCACAACUCCAGCAGUUCAGCAUCCGGCUCCAAUCAUAUGUACUGGAACAAAGUUGGUCCCUUCCACGGCUUCCCGCUCCUACCCGCCACAGAGCGCGGCUGUCCGCUGGGCCAGCUCACCUACAAAGGCAUUGCCCAGCUGCUGCAUGUGGGCGACAUUAUGCAUCAGAUCUAUGCACAUCCUUUGGGAUUGCUGCUGAAGCCAACGCAAGCACAGCGCUUGUCCCAACUGGGCACCACACCGCAUACGCUGCUCAAUUCGGAUGAAGUGGUAGUGUUUACCACACGCUAUCGUCGCACCUUUCAAUCUGCCUUGGCGCUGCUCUUCGCUCUGCUGCCAGCGGACAAAUGGUUGGCGUUAAAUGUGCGUGAAUCCCAUAGCAUGGCUUUCUGUUUUGGGGACUGCAGCUGUGCGCAAUCUGUGGUGCUGCAACGUCGUCUAGCUUCUCUGGCGGAUCGCCAGCUGUUGCGUCGUCCCGAUGUGCUCGCUGUAAUGCAAUGGAUUGGCGGCACUUUGCUGCAGCACACGCCCACCGAGGGCGGUAUCACGAAUCCCUUCGAGGUGGUCGAUGCCAUGUUGACGGUGCUCUGUCACGACGCGAAUUUACCCUGUCGGCGACGCAAUGGCAGCCAAACUGCGAGCACACAGCAUGCACAGGAGCUGGUGGAUGUCAUCAACAUUGAUCAGGAUGAAACAUCCUCCAAUCUCUUAGCAGCAGCUGCGGAGCCCGCUCAACAGGAAGCGGAGGCAAUGCCUGAAACGGGCGAGACGGAGGCUUGUGUGGAGCCCGGUCAUGUGGAUGCGCUCAUGUCAUUUGCGGAUGAGCUGUCGCUACGCAGCGCUCGCCACACGUACUACAAACGGUCGGGACUGCUUCGCGCCUAUGGCAUGAUCCGGCACAUAGUUGGCUAUAUGCUCAAGAUGAUAUCGGGGGAUCGCACCAAGUUUGUGCUGUACUCGGGACACGAUUGCACGCUGCAGUAUCUGACAGCAGCCCUGGGCAUUGUGACGAAACAGGGACAGACCAUCGCAUACGCUUCUCGACUCGCCUUCGAGGUGUAUCGCAGUGAGGCGCAUACGGAUUAUUAUUUCCGGGUUGUUUACAAUGGACGCGAUGUCACCCAGCAGAUUGACUUCUGUGAGGGCGGCAAGAGUUUGCGUGUGACCCGCGAUAGUCGAGGUAACAAGGCCGAUCUGUGUCCCAUCGAGAAUAUCAUUCGUUUCCUGCACGAAGAUUACUUUGCGCCCCUCAAUGCCACCAACUUUAAAGAGGCGUGCGUCACGUCCGUUGGCAAUCCGCCCAAAGCAAACGAGUUCUAAAAUACACGGGUUCAUCUCUCAGCACUUUGAACUGUGAUACAAAAAAAAUACUGUUAAGACAAACCCGCGACUAACUGACAAACUAAACUAAAACAUAUCAAUGCGCAAUCGCACAUACACACAUUUUCUCUAUACACAUUAACAUAUCUUUACAUAUGUAAUUAGUUGAAUUAUAGUUAAAUCGACGUUUAAACAGCCGAAAUCGAUACAUAUCAGCGUUCGCUAACCAUGCAACGCAAUCGAUAAUAGUAUAUUAGGUUAAAUCUUUAUCGAUAAGUGAGCGAUAGCCACGGUAGCUGCAUUUGGUACUUUAGUUGUUGUAAUUGAAUAUUUCCCAUUUGUGUACCAAAUUUAUCAUGGUACAUUAAAGAUUUUUACAUUGGUACAUAUGAAGUUUCAUUUUUAUUGAAACUUGUACCGAAUUUAAUAUAUAAUUGUGGUACAUAUUUUAAUUUAUAUAGUACAGUUUGUACUUUUCUUAUUUGCUUAUAUUUAGUACCAAAUUGGAUCUUUUACUGUGGCUAGCUUAAUGAAAACAUAUCAACUACCAUAUCAAGCACACGUUCAGUGCAAAAACAUUCCUUAACUUAUAGCGUUUAAAUAUAUAUAUGUAUGUGUAUGUAUACAACCUUCAAUCCGAUUAGUAUUAAAUAAAUAAAUGUUGAUCCA